AUGACAUCCCCCCUCCCCGACGCCAACGACCCCUCCGUCGUCCUCGCCGUCGCCAGCCCCGACGAGCAGCGCGAGGCCUGCCGCGCCACGCACCCCUCCUGGGGCCCCGGCCUCUCCCUCCAGCAGUACCUCGACCGCGAGAUGGACCUGCUGACUACUGCCCUCGCCCGCGACGGCGGCCUGACCCCCUGGAUCCUCACCGACUCCUCUGACUCCUCGGCGCCGCGCCGGAUCCUCGCCUCCUGCGACACCAUCCGGAAGCGCGCCGUCGUCGCCCGCCCCGACGGCACCCUCACCGACGUCACCGCCUACGGCGUCGCCAGCGUCUUCACCGCGCCGCCCUGCCGCUCCCGCGGGUACGCCGGCCGCAUGAUGGCGCUGCUCGGCGAGGAGCUGGCCCGCCGCGACCCCGCCGCCGCGUUCUCCGUGCUCUGGUCCGACAUCGGGCCCACGUUCUACGCGAAGCACCAGUGGGUGCCCAUCGGUAACUCCCACCUCGAGCUCCCCGUCGCCGCCUCACCGCCCCGGAGCACACCCGCUGGCAUCACCGAGCUCGGCGACGCGCACCUGCCGGAGCUGGCCGCGCGCGACGAGCAGCUCCUCCGCGCGGAGCUUUCCAAGCCCGGCAGCAGCGCCAAGACCCGCGUGGCCGUGCUGCCGGACAUCAGCACGCUGAAGUGGCACUGCCGCCGCGAGGCCCACAUGCUGCGCGGCCACCUCGGCCGCGAUCCCGACGUCCACGGCGCGCUGUACACGCCGCCGGGGGACGGCGGCGCGGCGCGGCGCGUCUGGGGUCUUUGGGUGCGCUCGCGCUACGGCGGCGGCGAGGGCGAGCCCGUGGUCACGAUAUUGCACUUCCUGCGGCUGGUCGUCGAGGACGGCGCGGCGACGAGGGACGAGGAGCUGGCGGUCGCACUGGAGGGCAUCAUGGCCGUGGCGCGGCGCGAGGCCGCAGACGCCGACUGCCGGAGUGUGGCGCUGUGGAAUCCGCCGGCCAGGGUGCUCGCCGCCUUUCGCGGGCAGCGGCUGGCGCCGCUCGGAGGCGAGGUUGUCGAGCGAGACACGGACAGCCUCGCAAGUCUGAGGUGGUUCGGCCAAGGCUCAGUUGAUGACAUCGAAUGGGUGGCCAACGAAAAGUUUGCGUGGUGCUAA